UCUAUCCAUAAACUUGGGUCCACACUUGGGCACUUUUGUACCCAUUCUCAAUACCCUCUUUGAUCUUUUGUUUGAUAUUUUAGGAAUCCCUAAUUCCUGUCUUUUUCCCUUUUUCUUCGAAUCAGUUCUUCUUUUUGGGGCACUUUAAUUUUGCUUGGCUAUUCUUGCUUCUUAUCAUUUCCCAACUGCUACUUUUUCUACUGUUCAAAGUACAUGUCUUUUGAGGAUAUUUCAGAAAUCACUUUGAUAAGAGUCGGUUUUGGUUCUGGGUUGGUGGAAUUAUGUGAUUUCCUUGGUGGGUUUUUUCUGUUCGCUUGAAAUAUUUGGUGGCUUUCUCUGUUGUGUUGUUUUGCAGUCAAGAAGCCGACUUUUUGUUUUGAUCUAUUAGAUUUUCUUGGUGGGUUUUGGCUGUUUAUAUGCUAGGAGAAGUUUGAUCUUUGAAUCUUGAGAGGUGCUACUUGUAAAUUAGUUAAAUUUGGAGCGUGUGAUGAAUCUGUAGGAAGAUUAGGAGAGGAAGAAAAGGAAAAAAAAUGAAGAGAGGGAAAGGUGAAGAGAAAGUUAUGGGGCCUAUGUUUCCAAGACUUCAUGUUAAUGAUACAGAUAAAGGAGGUCCAAGAGCACCUCCAAGGAACAAGAUGGCUCUAUAUGAGCAGCUCAGCAUACCUUCUCAGAGAUUCAACUCUGGGGUUUUGCCUCUUGACCCCAGCAACACUUCAAAGAUGGGCCCUCCUUCCUCUAGCCAGGGGAGUGGGCACGACAGAGUUGGAUAUUUCCCUGUACAACACCCUCCAUCUAGACAUCUAGCUGAUAAACCACCUGGCCACAGUUCCGACCCCAGUACUCUCUUGCGACAAUAUGAAUUGAAAAAGAGAACAGAAGAGGAUGACUUUACGGUCCCUAUCUUUGUUAACUCCAAGCUUGGUCAGGCCAAUGGGAGUCAUAAUCUGGAUAUGGAAAAGCUCUCUCCCUCUGGUCCAGUGUUUUGUCCUAAUAAAGAGUUGGUAGGAGUUACAGAUCUAACUUUGAGACAACAUCACAAUAGACAAAACAAGGAGAAUCCCAAAUGUACUCUUGCUUGUAGAGAGAAAACAACCUCAAACUCUGCAUCAAAGGAAUGCAGAUUGAAUCCUCAGGUUGGUUGUACCAUCAUACCUGAACCUGUUAAGGGUACAAAUGAUGGCAAUUCGUAUCCCAUGGAAGAAUUUGUAUCAGAAGAGCAGCUAAUCGCUAAUGAUCUUAUUAAUGAUACGGAAUCCCAGGAAGACAGGGCACGGGAAUCAUUACAAAAAGGAAUUUUGGAUCGAGGUGACGACAUAUCUGAGACUUCCAUAGUGGAAUCUAUAUCUGGAGCAAACAUCUCUCCUGAGGGCAUUGUGGGAAUAAUAGGCCUAAAGCGUUUCUGGAAAGCCAGAAGAACAAUUGUCAACCAGCAAAGAGUGUUUGCCGUCCAAGUGUUCGAGUUGCAUCGACUAAUAAAGGUCCAAAGGCUCAUUGCUGGGUCACCAAAUAGUUCACUCGAAGAUUCUGCUUAUUUAGGCAAACCUUUAAAGAGUUCGUCUGUCAAAAGACUUCCAUUGGACUGUAUAGUUACAGAAUCUCAAAGUGUUCUGAAGCGCAAGAAUGAUUCUGAGAAGCCGAACUUCAGGAUGGAAUGCUCUGCCGAAAGCACUGUGGGAAAGGCAUCUCUCUCUACUGUGCAAAAUGGUAGUCAACUCUCUAGCCACAAACCAUUUUCAGGAAAUCCAUUGCCAACGCCUGUAACAAAUGAUUCUUAUGCGGGUCCUUGGUGCUUCCAACAACCUCCCGGGCAGCAAUGGUUGAUCCCGGUGAUGUCUCCUUCUGAGGGACUUGUAUAUAAGCCAUUCCCUGGACCUGGAUUCCCGAGUUCUAUUUGUGGAGGUGGGCCUCCAGGAUCAACUCCAACGGUGGGGAACUUUUUUGCUCCAACAUAUGGAGUCCCUGCUCCUCAUCCUCACUAUCAAGGUAUGGGAGUUCCUUUUGUGCCUCCGUCUGGUCAUGGUUACUUUCGACAAUAUGGCAUGCCAGUUGUGAAUCCACCAAUUUCAUCAUCUGCUACUGAAGAAUCAAACCAGUUUACCUUGCCUGGUUUACAACACCAGUUAUCUGGAGUGGUUGAUAACUUUAACAUUCAACAUCAGGACUCAAGUAAUGUUCUGAAUGAGAAGAAUGGAAAUAUUCCUGAUGUUGUGAGGUUUCAAACCACCAAAGAUAAUGAGCUACAAGCCAGCACUGCAAGUAGUCCUAUUGAGAGGGCUCAUGAAACAGCCACAGGAGAAAGAAACAUGCUCUCUCUUUUCCCCACAUCUCCAGUUACUGACAACUGUGAUGGUAGCCCCCAGGCUUGUGUGCCUGAUCAUCCAGCAAGAGUUAUCAAGGUUGUACCUCACAAUGCAAGGUCUGCCACAGAAUCCGUAGCUCGCAUAUUUCAGUCUAUACAACAAGAGAGAAAACAAUAUGACUUGGGUUUCGCACAUCUAUAGAUAGCUUACCUUGUGAAUAUGACCAUUUGCUCAUCCAAACUAAAUGUCGUAGUUUCGGUCAAUUUGUUGUAUCUUUUCUACAGAGAGCAUGUUAUAGCUGUAUUUUAAUUUGGUUGCUUUGCCACUAUGUAGAUGAGCAUACCUACAAAGUACAUUGUAUGUUUGCCCGGUUAUGUUUGCCCGGUGAUUGCUUAGUCCAAUUGUUGUAUACUGAAGUCAAUUUUGUUUUGCCAGUUGUCAUUUUGAGCUGUAAUUUGUUCUCUUACUUUCAAUAACUCUUUCAAGAAAUUGUAAUUUUUACCUUUUUA